AUGGCGCGGAGCUUUCCACUCCUCCUCGCCGCGGCGGUGUUUCUAGGUGGGAUCAGGCCUUCGUCGCUCUUCGGCGCCCUGCGCCCGGUGGAGCGCCCACGCCCGGUGCGAGCUUUGGCGCCACGGCGGGUGGUGGACGAACGCCUCGGUUUCCUGGAGUUGGAGGAGGUGAAGAUGCCUCCAUCCCCACAAGACGGCAGCGGUGCCGUCGUCUCGAAAGUGCUGGAAGCCGGCGUGCGGCUGCUCCUGCGAAACUACGAUGCUGUCGUCGUGGCCGUGGGAAGCCGCUGGGAGACCCUGCUGCGUGGAAGGGUCCAGGCCGUGCAGUUAUCUGGCAAAGACUGGUGCACGAAGCUCGGCUUGCGCGCCCGGCGCUUGGUUGUGGCGGCGCUGGAGGGAGCUGCCCUGGACUACGGGGAGCUGCUCCAGGGCCGAGUCACUCUCACGGCUGUGGCGGAUGGCUGGGCUGAAGCGAUUUUCAAUGAGGCCGACUUCGGCCAGUUUCUACUUUAUCCACAGGUGGCAGCCGCCUCUCCGACAGUGGAAGGUGCAAAGUUUAUCUUCUCCUCGGAGGGUGUCAUCAUUGAUGCUGCGGCUGAGACGCUGACCUUCGAAGGACGCCACGCUGGGCAUGGACUGCGCGGGGUGCUUCGCUGCGGCCAGGGAGGCACCGUGCCCACCGUGAAGUUGGAGGCUCUUGGGGCGCAGCCCGAAGAAGCGCUGGAGCCCCUGGAGGAGGCUCUUGGAGGUUUCUUUGCGACGCUCCACGUGGACUUGGCUGGCGUGGACCUGCGCUUUCGGCGACUCCGCUUCGCUCCGAGCCACGCUGCGGUGUUGCUCAAGGCGGAGAUUCGCCGGAUACCGAACCCGUUUCGAGACCGCAUCUAG